AUGCAGCUCCUCAACAUCCCAGCCGCCAUUCUCCUCCUCACCUCCGUUCUCUCUGUGAACGCUGAACCUGAGGGCCUCCAAUUGCGCUCGUAAGUCGUCUCCUCCUAAUCCAGUCCUAUAUUCUGAGCUUAUGUUGUAAGGCCAAAUCCAGAUGUCGCUGAAGGGCCAGGAAAUCUCGGGUAUGAAGAGAGCUGGCUAGCCAAGCGAGCAGUGGUAAACAAGCGAGCUGAGGGCCCGUUUCCUCCAGGGGAAGGGCAUCCAAUUCCAAAGGCCAGGCGAGCAGGAGCAACCAAGGUCAAACGUGCGGCGGCAGACAAGCGUGCCUCUGGACCAUCCAACGGAGCAACAGGGCAUGCAGUGGUAAACUAG